UACUCCCAUGCGCUUGCGCACAGCGUCGCUAAAGCGCUUCCACGCGACGCAUCUACGCGAAAGUGCAUCAUUUGGAGUGUAUAACGGGUAGCACGGUUUUUUAUUCACGUCUAUCAUUCUGUAUUCUUUCUAUUCAAUCGUACUAUUGUUUUACCCGUAUAUUAAAAGUGAUUAGCGGAGUGGGAGUAUCGAUGCUCGCUAAGUUCCCCCACCAUCUUCCAACCUGCGCGGCUUGGUUAUGGACUCUGGUGACGGCAAGUACAGUAACAAUAUUUUAUCCUUACACACUGUAUGUUUGUUUUCUGGACUUCAUUUUAAUUUUAAAUAACGAUGGAUGAAAACGCCGAUUUCUUAAAAUCUAACAAACAUGUAAAUUCAUCCGUCGAGGAUCGCAUUUUAACUAUGUCUUAUAUCCUUCCCUUUAAUAUCCGACAAUCAAAAUGGCAAAAAUUUAUAUGGAAACAAUUUGUCGAACAUCAAAUUGCUUCUAUUCGCGAAGAAAUCAUUGACGUCGCUGCCGCGAGUAUGCUUGAGAAAUAUUACUUUGAAAGAUCAUUCAAAUUCGUUAAAAAGUGUUUAAGUGUCGCCUGGUUACAAUUGUUCGACUGGAUAUCCUUGAGGUUAGAACGUUCGAAAUGCGACACAUUUCAAAGGAUAGAUGUCGAACCGCAAUCGUCGCAAAUUGAUUCUUGGAUUUUUAGAAACGCUUUGCAAAACUUGAAGUAGUUUAGAAAAAUCCGUCGAGUAGUUAGCGCCAUUUUUGUAUAGAUGGCGAUGGAAUCGAAUUAAAAAAAUUUUUAAUUUGUCGCGGGGGUGUCUGGGACCCCUUGAGAAGAAAAGCGUGUCCAAUCUUUCUAUAUCUGUAAUCACUGCUAUUAUUAUCUUUUUGUAUGAAAAGAAGAAAAUAAAGUAGGAUUUAGAAAAAUCGUGACCCCUUUGGUAAGGAGAAAGGCACGUCCAAUGUCCACUACUUUUGCAUCUGUAGUCACUGAUAACAAAUACUAUUUCUCGUUUUUAUAAUGGGCAAUGAAUCAAUUCAUGAAGAAUCAACAAAGCGUUUAUUACAACUCUCAUAAUUUAUUUUGCUUUCUUUGUUUUCUGCAGUAAGAUUACAAAUUACAUUAAUAAUAAUCGAUCAAACGAAAGCUGAAACGCUGUACAAAAUUAAUCAAACAAUUUGAUAAUAGAGAGAGAGAGGGUAUCAGUGUUGAAACUAUAAGGUUUCUUUUUAUACUUUAAUAAAAAUUAAUGAACGAACAAAUUAUUCAAAAA